AAGAAAAAAACCACCACAACACCAAACAUGGAAGGCACUGCUUGGGUUUCAUAUGCCGCGGCGUGGCUGGGAGUUCUAGCCCUCCUCCUCCUCGGCCUCCGCCUCCGCAGCCGCAAGCUCAAUUUACCACCUGGACCAAAGCCCUGGCCAAUCAUUGGGAACCUCAACCUCAUGGGCAAUCUUCCCCAUCGUUCACUCCACGAACUUUCCCAAAAGCACGGCCCCAUCAUGCAGCUCCGGUUCGGGUCCUUCCCCGUCGUCGUGGGCUCCUCAGCCGAAAUGGCCGAAGCCUUCCUUAAAACCCAUGAUGUCGCAGUUGCUGACCGGCCCAAACUCGCUGCGGGCAAAUAUACCACUUACAACUACUCCAACAUCACUUGGUCUCCUUACGGACCGUAUUGGCGGCAAGCACGUAAAAUGUGCAUAAUGGAGCUUUUCAGUGCUAAGCGCCUGGAGUCCUAUGAAUACAUUAGAAAAGAAGAAAUGAAUGCAUUGCUUAGAGGCCUAUACAAGUCCUCCAACACCAACAUCCUGUUGAAAGACCAUCUUUCGGACUUGAGUCUAAAUGUUAUAAGCCGAAUGGUGCUUGGAAAGAAGUACACAGACGAGUCCGAAAACGCGAUUGUGACUCCUGAUGAGUUCAAGAAAAUGCUUGAUGAGCUGUUCUUGCUGACCGGCGUGUUGAACAUUGGUGACUCAAUACCUUGGCUUAAUUUCUUGGAUUUGCAAGGGUACAUAAAGAGAAUGAAGGCUUUGAGCAAGAAGUUCGAUAGGUUUCUGGAGCAUGUGUUGGAUGAACAUAUUUCAAAUAGCAAGGCUCCUGACUUUGUUGCAAAAGAUAUGGUCGAUGUGCUGUUGCAACUUGCUGCUGAUCCUAACCUUGAAGUCAAGCUUGAAAGGCAUGGGGUCAAGGCAUUUAGCCAGGACCUACUUGCUGGUGGAACAGAGAGCUCAGCCAUGACCGUAGAAUGGGGAAUGUCGGAGGUCCUAAGGAAGCCAGAGAUUUUUAAGAAGGCGACAGAGGAGCUAGACAGGGUGAUUGGAAGAGAGAGAUGGAUUGAAGAGAAGGACAUUGUCAACUUACCGUACAUUGAUGCCAUUGCUAAAGAAACAAUGAGGUUGCACCCUGUGGCACCCUUGUUGGUACCGAGACUAGCCCGUGAAGAUUGCCAAGUUGCUGGGUAUGACAUUACUAAGGGCACCAGAGUCAUAGUAAGCAUAUGGGCCAUAGGAAGAGACCCUAAAUAUUGGGACAAUCCCCUUGAGUUUUUCCCUGAGAGGUUUCUUGGAAAAGGUAUCGAUGUCAAAGGCCAAGACUUCGUGCUAUUGCCUUUUGGGUCAGGCAGGAGGAUGUGCCCUGGCUACAGUCUUGGCCACAAGCUGAUUCAGUCAAGUAUUGCAAAUCUCUUGCAUGGAUUUAACUGGAGAUUUCCUGACAAUAUGAAUAAAGAGGAUUUGAGUAUGGAGGAAAUUUUCGGGCUUUCAACACCAAGGAAGUUUCCCCUCAUUGCAGUCACCGAGCCUCGUCUUCCAGCUCAUCUUUACUCAAUGUGAUCAAGCCUUGGCUUGAGGCAUUGAGCUACUCCCCUUCAAAAAAAUCAGUACUGGGAUUCCAGCUUCUACUACAAGUUUGCUUGUCUUGUGCAUUAAGUGUCAGCAUUAGUUUGCUAUAUGGCUUCAUAACUAUGCCACCAAGAGUGUUGUGUGUGAUCAAAUCCAAAAGCUAUCAUUGGAAUU